GUGAAGGGCACGUGCCGCCUGGUCGCCUGCACCAUUUCACGAAAAAGGCGGCGCGGGGUGAGAAAAGGGCGAUGGCUUCGUUCUCCGAUUUUCUCGAGAGUAGACGAGGCAAGACUCAGCGGAAAAGUCCGUUCGAGGGAUUCCGGCAACGCGGAAGGUCGAUUCGACGGGUAGCCUCUGAUUUAUAUUUCCAGAAUUCCAGCAGCUGUGAGGACAAUGAUGGCUACAUUUCAAAAGUGACUUGGGAUUUUGAACAAAAAGUUCGCUACAAGAGUUUGCAAAGAUGUAAACAGACGGGUAACUAUAACAAAAGCAUCAAAGAGGAAAGUAAGCAGAAUGACUUUCCUGACUGGAUUCCACCUCACUGUUUAUUUUCAGAGAUACCUACAGCAGAUACGGAUAGCAGAACUCUUCAGAAUAUAGAGAAAGCUUUGGAAGUUGCCGAAAUCAAUCUUAAGCAAUUGAAGGCUAUGGAAGACAUGCUUCAGGAUUUGGUAGCAGAAGCAAAGCUGGAAGAAGGCAGAAUUGCGGGUGUUAUUAAUGCAAAGUUUGCAGAGAUUGUCACUUCUCUAAAUGCAAGGAAAAGGAAGCUAGAGACAGAAUUGGUAACGAACACCAGUUACUAUAUAACUGCUGUACAUGGUGUUCAAGUCUCAGUUUCGCAGAAGAGAAGCAGUUUGGAUGGAGCCAUAAAGGUAGUAAAGCAGAUGAUGGCAAAUCGCUCCUUAAAAUCUUGUGAUAAUUUAUAUCAGGUUAUCCGUGAUUUACAAAUGACAAUUGAGGAACAAGUUUUAAAACUAGACAAUCUGAAAAAAAGAUCACUUCCAUGUUUUGUCAUGGAUUGUGAUGAGAUUACACCUUUCUUUGAAAACAUGGGGAAAUUUUUCUUUGACAUACCUAACAGGCACUGUUUUGGAGAUAGACCUUUAAAACUGAACAUUAUGGAGGAGGAAAUAGAAAAUAGUGCUUCUACUGAAAUAAAUGUGGAACUUCAGUCAGUUGCUGAAGAAACUCCUGUAGUUGCUUCUCUGCGAAAAUCUGACCCAUGUUUUGAAGAAAGUUACAAUGAAUUCCAAGAAAUAACUCUGUCAUCUACUCAUAAAUGGAUUGCUAGUUCACCUCCUCAGACAACAUCCAGCCCAGAUGUCAUAAUAGAAGAAAUUUUUGAAGAUUAUCAAGAAAAAAGUUCUGAAGAUACCCAGUGGAAAACCAAGCUGCCAGUACCACUUGGAUCAAAAACAGAAUCUCCAGAAUUAGUCGUUGUCAGUUGUGUUGUAAAUCCUUGCCAUUUCUAUGUUCGGAAAGUGUCACAAAAGAAAACUGAAGUUCAUUUGGAAAGAAUCUUGAGGCAAUUUUGUCAUAAGAAAAGUUCAUCUCCUAGUGACGUUUUGGAACUAGGUACAAGAAUCUUUGUUAGAAGUAAAGAACAUGAAAUGUGGUGCCGCGCAGAAAUCAUUCAACUAAUUCCACUGGAGAAUACAAACGAGGGGAAACCCUGUGGCCCAACCAAAUACAAAAUUUGUGAUAUUGCAAUGAUGAGAGUAUUCCUUAUAGAUUAUGGGCAUCCAGAAGCCUUAAUUGUUUCAGGAGUACCUAAUGAAGAUAUUAUGAACCCAGAACAUGUCACUUCAAAAUAUAUAGUAACUGAAGACUUGUGUAUGGUUGUAAGAAAACCUGAUUUGCUCAUAGAGACGCAACUUAGGGGCAUAAGGAAGCUAGCACUACAUUGCUCCCUGAAAGAUAUUGUUCCCAAGAAUGCA